CAUCAUAAUGUUAUGACGUAACCAUUUUUUGUUAUAAAUUGUUUUAUCUUGGUGCAAUUUUAUUGUCAAAAUUCAAUCUAUCUGUAACUUUUGUAUCAAUAGUUAUCCCCGAACUUUUUCAAUAGUUUUUAAGAAUUGACAUGUUUUGUAGUUCGUCACAGAAAAAUGAAAACAAUCGGUUGGGAAAUAACUGAGAUAUGACAAUCCAAAGUUGACUAGUUUGUAUGGGAAAACGGCUUUGGUGCAUUUUUAUUGUCCGAUACUCUAGGUAAGCUACAAAGACUUGCUUGUAUAUCGAUUACAGGAGCAAUGAAAAGCACUCCAUCAGUUGCUUUGGAUGCCCUUCUCAAUAUACUGCCUUUGCAUCAAUUUGUUAAACUACAAGCGGCAAAAAGUGCCCUGCAGUUUAUCCGUUAUAAUAAUGUACUAGAUGGGGAUCUUGUGGGACAUUUGAGGAUCAUCAAAGACUUCAAAUUAAACAUGGACAUAAAAACAGUAGAAGAUUGGAUGAUAACAAAGACCAACUAUGAUGUUCCCUUCAAAGUGGUGAAACCAUGUCGCUAUGUUUGGGAUGCUGGUGGGCCAAGUUUACGUCCAGGUUCUAUUGUAUUUUAUACUGAUGGGUCCAAGAUGGGUGAAAAUACAGGAGCCGGUGUUUUCGGCCCUGGUAUCAGUAAGGCUAUACCAAUGGGAUGCAGUCCCACUGUAUUUCAAGCAGAAGUUCAAGCCAUUCUAGAGUGUGCCAACAUUUGUCUGAAAAGAAAUUAUAGGUUUGCUAAGAUCUGUAUAUUUUCGGACAGUCAGGCGGCUCUAAAUGCGCUAAAGGCUUUUACUUGUCAAUCAAAGCUAGUUUGGGAAUGCAUUAUUUCUCUGAAGCAAUUGGCCAGUAGGAACGAGGUAACUUUAUACUGGGUGCCCGGUCAUUGUGGAAUUCUGGGAAAUGAAAACGCCGACAAUUUAGCCAGACAGGGUGCAGCAUCAAGCUUUGUAGGCCCUGAACCUUUCUGUGGAGUUCCUGAGUGUGCUCUUCGGAUGAAACUAAAAACUUGGGAAAUGUCCACGGUAGAAUCUAAUUGGAAUGCCACGGAUACAUCCAAGCAAGCGAAAAGGUUUAUAAAACCCAGUGCAGAAAAACCCAGGUCCUUAUUAAAUCUAAACAAAAAAGAUCUCAGGGUAAUUACUGGUCUGAUGACUGGUCACUGCCCGAGUAAAUAUCAUCUAAGUAAGAUUGGAAAAAUCCAAUCCUCCGAGUGUCGUUUCUGUCAAACGGAAAACGAAACUGCUGAACAUUUACUCUGCAACUGUGGAGUACUAUCCAAUCAGAGAUUGGCGGUUUUUGGUAAAGGGUUUCUAGAGCCCUUGGUAAUUUGGCGAAGUAAUCCCAACAGGGUAAUAAACUUCAUAAAACGAGUUGUGCCUAGUUGGGAUCAGGUGUUACAUCAACCAUUGUCCAUCACAGCUCAAUUGUGACAGGAUAUUUGACUAGCACCAAAUUAAAUAUGGGUCAUACCACAAUAUUCCUAAAUAAUGGACGCAGUGGUUAAAAGGCUCUACAGAUGAGGAAAAAAAAACAUAUA